AUGUACAAGUCUCCGCCGCCACCAAUCUACAAGUACAAUUCACCACCACCCAUGCCUCCAGUUUACAACUCCUUGCCACCACCUAUUUACAAACACAAGUCUCCCCCACCACUUCCUCCGGUAUACAAGUCAUCUCCACUGCAUCCUCCAAUUUAUGAGUCUCCUCGUCCACCAGUUUACGAGCACAAGUCUCCUCCACCGCCUCCUCCAGUAUAUAAGUCACCACCACUAUCUCCUCCAGUACAUGUCUCCACCACCGCCUAUUUACAAAUCUCCGCCUCCUCCAGUUUACAAUUCCCCACCACCACCAAUAUACAAGCAAAUUGGGAAGAGAAUCAGUGUUUGAGCGGUUCAUGGAAGAAUAAGAAUAAAAGCCCCAUGCGAGGAUGUUCUCAAGUUUAUUAA